AUGCUUCCCCACCUGUUCACCCUCUUGGCCCUCCUUGGUUUCCAUGUCGCGCUCGCGUUCCACAACGUGUCAAUUGAUGACAGCGACCCCUCAGUUGUCUACUCGGGGAGCUGGAAUGUCGUACUCCCUGGCUAUGGGAUGGCCGAGAAUGGCACCUACAAAAUGGCCAAGAAUGAUUCUCAAGCGUACGCGACGGUGAAGUUUCAUGGUGUGGCUGUCUACUACCUGUCACAGAAGUGGCCGUUCCCCGUUACGACAGAUAUCACUCUGGAUGAUGGACCAGCGCUGUUACUCGACCUGCAAGAGUAUCGGGAAAUGGGCACGAUUCCAGAAGAAGAAUAUGGGCAGGCAGUUGUUAUCGCCAGCGCGACUGGCCUUAAGAACCGAGAGCACACCGUCCGAUUAUCUGUUGGAAUUGGGGAGCAUUCCGCCGUUGUGGACACGUUAGUUUACACCGCUCUCAACCCUUCGGAUUCUUAUUCGGCACCAUCGUACCCUCCCACUUCAUUCUCCCAGCACGCUAUUACGAUCACAGCGACCACUACUGCGACGCAACCGGCCGUGGUGCAUCCUUCACCCACAACCGGUGUCUCCGAUUCGAAAUCUACCAAGACAUUGAGGCUGUCAAUCGGAUUUGGAGUUGCCGCCGCGGUGCUUGCGUUUUUGACCGUCUUCAUUGUGUGGCGAUACCUCCGCCCGUUGCCCACCCCGCAUACGCAAGAUAAACUUGAAAACGAUAACGCUUAA